UUUUAAUAAAAAAUAAAAUAAAAAUAAAAUUCUAAUCAUGAGUAUAACUCAUCCAGACAUUGACUACUCAAAUAAAGUUAUACUUGCACCUAUGGUACGAAUUGGUACCUUGCCCAUGAGAUUAUGUGCAUUAGACUAUGGUGCAGACUUGGUUUGGUCAGAAGAACUAGUUGAUAAACGUAUUAUUGGUUCUGUUCGUCGAUAUAAUUCUGCCACUGGAGCCAUUGAAUAUUAUAAAGGCAAUUCCUUAACAUUUAGCACCUGUGAUGCGGAGAAAGGUAAAGUGAUUCUUCAAUUAGGCACAGCAGAUGCCGAUUUAGCUCUACAAGCAGCUUUGACAUUAAAACAAGAUGUUGCUGCUGUGGAUGUCAAUUGUGGCUGCCCCAAAAAGUUUUCGAUUCAAGGUGGUAUGGGUGCUGCCCUUUUAUCAAAUCCAGAAAACCUUCAAAAGAUAUUAACAAAUUUAGUCCAGCAUUCGGGUAUGCCUGUUAGUUGUAAAAUCCGUUUAUUGGAAACAAAGGAAAAGACACUCGAUCUUGUGAAAAUGAUUAUUUCUACAGGUGUCAAAGCACUUACAGUGCAUUGUCGCACAAAAGAGCAACGUUCAACAGAGAAGGCAAAUUGGGAGAUGAUGAAGGAUAUUGUAGAUACUGUCAAAUCGAUUCGUGAUAUCCCUGUCAUCGUAAAUGGCGAUAUAUUUCAAUGGUCAGAUAUAGAAAGAGUAAAAAAAUUAACAUAUUCGGAUUCAGUCAUGAUGGCUAGAGGUGCACAAUGGAAUCCUUCUGCAUUCAGGAGGGAAGGACUUUUACCAUUUGAAACAGUUGUACGAGCUUAUAUUAAAAAGGCCAUUGAUUAUGAUAAUCUUUUUCAAAAUACAAAAUAUGUGCUCUUGAGUAUGAAUACGGAAGACACAACUCAUACACGAUCUGAACUAUAUACUAGAAUACAAAGAUCUAAAUCGAUGAGAACUAUCUGUGAGCUCUUUGAUUUAGUGGAUUAUUAUGAAGAAGCUAUUAAAAAACAAAAGUCCAAGUUGGAAGAAGCUGAAAAGACUAAGGAAUUACUUGAAGAAGGAAAGAGAAGUAGAGAAGAUGAUAGUGUGAUUGCUGAGCCUGUAGAAAAGAAAUCCAAGAAGGAUUAAAAAACAAAAACCUAUAUCAUAUAGAUAGAAUGUGUACAUACAUAUAAAGAUUACCUUAAUAAAUAGAACAAGCA